CACUACAGGCCUCGCGCCUCCACCUCGUUUUCCUUGUCAAUAUGCAGACACCGUCAAUGAGGCAGACCCUCCCCCCGUUUCAUAACUGAACGCCCAACAUGGUCCAUGCCGGUCAAGGACGAUUUCAAAUCCUCUCAUUUCGCGAAGGUCAGACUUCCGACAGUCGGCUUCAGAAUUACAAGUCUCGAAGACCACAUCGCAAAUCGCAGAAGGGAUGCCUGAUAUGUAAGAGGCGCCGGAUCAAGUGCGACGAACAGUCGCCAACAUGCCAGAACUGUAUCAAGCAUGGCGCACGCUGCUCCUACACUGUGGCGCUAUCGCCUCGAGUCGACCGGGAUAUUCGGACGACAGUUCAAACAGAUUGGUUCCCCCACACCGAUUCAACAUUAUUCAGCUAUUUUAUCACUGUGGUCAUGGAAACCAUGGUGCCACUAUCUAGCUGGACGACGGCUGCCCAGAAAGUUGUUUCCAUUGCCCUAGACGAGCCCCUUGCUAUGCAUUCUGUCCUUGCUGCCGCGGGUUGCCAUUUCCGAUAUCACGUCAAAUCACCGCGAGGACGGUGUUUAAGUGAGACCUACCAUACAAUGCGGGCCUGCUCGGGACUAAGGCUAUAUCUCGAAAUGCAACAGGUAGACAAGAUUGAUGCUGCUAUCACAACUUCAAUGUUCCUGGGAUCCAUCUCCUUUGCUGACAUGGUCGAGGAUUUUCAAGUGCCUUUGAAGAAUCGUCAAGUGCCUUUCUUCUGGGUCGGCAGUCAACGUGGGCUAGGAUCUCUCCUAACUCUAUUUCGAUUCAAACCUAGCUUACAGAGUAUGUGGCUCGACGUGUUUGAACCAGUAGCCGAAGCUCUUCUGGGCCUCUAUGAUGAUAGACCAGGCGUGAGCGGCAUUCCAGCAGAAUUCGCCACCGUCUUCGAUCUCAGCGAGACUUCCAACUGCGACGAUCACCCUUAUUUGAAACUACUUCGCAGACUGUGGCGUCUUCUGCCUGUGGAUCCUGGAAAUGAACUGGCUCUUCUACUGUACAUGCAGUUCGUGGAAGGAAUGUCGUCGCAAUUCGUCGUCCUUCUCAACUCUCUUGACACGAGAGCCCUCAUGCUUGUGUCGUACUGGCUUGCUCUUAUCUGCGCCAAAGAUUGCUGGUGGACACGCCUGCGAGCCAAGAAUGACUGCUGGGCAAUUUAUGAACACCUUGAGCAGGUUGGGGAUAAGUCGUUGUGGAAAUACAUGGAUUUCCCGGCUGCUGCUUGUGGCUACCCGUACACUGAUGUCGCUCCAGCAGGGCAGCGCAUGGUUGAUUGGCUCAGACUCGAUAGUAUCCAGCGGCCGACUUUACACCCUGCCAGUAAUGCUUGUGAAUCAGGCAUGAAUGCGACUCUAGCGAGCAAUGUUCUCGAAGUGGAUUAGAAUUAGAAGGGUCAGGCCAAUGCGAAUGAUAUGUCCA